AUGAAGGUACACUCUAAUGGAUUUGUACCGCAUGCAAAGAAGGAAAUAAUAAACGAAUCUGUGCAAUUUAAUCAAUUAGCCAAGAGAAUCGGACGAGAUUUGAGCCAGACAUGUGCCAAAAUGGAAAGGUUGGCCGAAUUGGCAAAGAAGAAGAGCCUUUUUGAUGAAAAGAGUGAUAUGGACCACUUGUCUAGAGUUGUAAAAGAGGAUAUUACCGGCUUGAACAAACAAAUAGCAGCCCUCCAAGAGUUUUCGCGAAGACGCAAUGGUGGGAUGAAAAACCAAGGCACUGGUCACACCCAGCUUGUUGUGGUCGGUCUUCAGUCGAAAUUGGCUAGUGUAAGUAAGGACUUCCAAAGCGUAUUGGAGAUCAGUACAGAGAAUUUGAAGCAUCAAAAGAGUAGACGAGAGAAAUUCUCGCACGCGGAUCACCUUCCCACAUCGCUUCCAUCGUCUUCAAGUGGUUCAAAUGGUGAGAAGUUAUUUGCUUUGAGUUCGCAUUUCACUUCUGACAUUUAUUGCAAAUAAGG